GUUUUUUUCUUUCAUUUUCGCUGACUUUAGAUUUUGGUGAUGAAACAUUUUGUCUGAGACUGCUUCCAUGAUCCGAAGACUUGGCCGACGCGUACGUAGGACAUGGUUGAACAUAUAUACUCCGGUCGUGUGUAUGGCCUUACUCUGCGUUGCACCAGUGAAAGGCAUGAGUAUCGUCCCGCGGUGCUUCAGCACGAUAAAUUAUCCAUCAUAUCGAUAACAAACUACGUUUCGUUACAUCAAUUCAAGGGCGUUGGGUCAAAAGAAAGAUCAUGUAGUUCCUUCCGGGGACUUCCAAAACGCAGGAAACAUAUAAAAGCAGGCAUUCAAAACACGCUGAAUGCAACAAUGGCAGCGCUAGCAUUCCCCUUCCAUACUAAUUACGCCAACUCUUCUCAUAGUACUGGAUUUUUUGUGUUCCAUCGCUCCACUUAACUAUCUUGCUAUGUCACAAAGACUUCAUCUGUGCUCUCUACCACUUGGUUCAGGGUGCUAGAGCCUCUGUUCAUAGCCAAAAUAGUUGGUGGAGCGUUGCCACCACCAUAUUCUAGUACAUGAAUUUGACGCUACCUCCGAUGCUCUGUCCCG